CUAAAAAAUUUUUUAGCAUAAAAAAAUGAAAAAAUUGAUCGUGUACAAUGUGUGUUUCAUAUAAAACUCCCUAUAAUGUUGCGAGAGAGUAACGCGCAUUUCGCCGCGAGCGCUCUCUAUAAGGCGGCGACGUCGUUACUGACGUUUCUGAAAGUGCUAGAUUUUCGUCUUCCUCUACACUGUCUAUAAUUAUCACCAACGAAAAUGAAAAAAAAAUUGAUAAGUAUUCGCUGGAUCAGCUGGAUGCUGGAUUGGAUCAUGGAUGCAAAAAUUGAUGCAAAUAAUGCAAAGUUAUUGCUACUAUGCAAAGUAUGCUAAGAUGUUUAUGCACGUAAAGUUUUUUCAUUUUAGUUACCUACGCUAAUUCGUAAAGCGUAAACAGUUAAGCAAGUUAAGCACUUAUCUUAUCAGCAGUUCAUUCUGUUCAUUUUAUGAUUUCAUUUUUCAUUUCCGAACUCCAAGCUCUGGUGAGCAUUUUUCUCGACAAUUUCCUUUUGAACAAACACCGAAAUACGAUGCAAUUCGUAACACUUUGGUAUCACAGAAUUUUAACUUAAAGGUAAAGGGCGAGGAAGAUUUUAGUAGAAUGUACGCGAAGUGUACAUUGUGGAACAUUCGAUGGCUUCAGUGGAACUCAUAAUAUAAGAGCUUCUGAGCUGGCUUGUGAUAGAGGCCGCUUACAAACACGAAAUAUAACUGCUGUAUUUCUGGAUGAUACUCAUAUUCGUUUCAGUUGGACAUGAAUCGGUGAACCAGAAAAUUAUAGUGCUUAUUGCGUUUUCAAUUUAUCCUGGAGGUUGAUUCUUAUAUCGUCAAAAUGGUACUUACGAGAGAACAAAACUGCUGCGUUUUCUCCCAUUUUACCAUCUCAAACAGUAAAAGUUAUGUUGAUGAUGAUACCGCCGAUUCUUUAACCGAAAGAAGUCAUCGUGAUCCGGGUAGCCUAUAUAAUACUCCUAAUUACGAAAACCCAUUUCCUCAGGUGGAAGAAAACAUUGUGUAUAUUAAACUUACGCCUGAUCGUCCUGGUAGAUUCGGUUUCAACGUCAAGGGUGCAUUAGAUUUGAAUAUGGAAAUUCUGAUGUCAAGAGUCGCUCCAAAUACUCCAGCAGACCGCUGUUACCCAAAAUUAAACGAGGUGCUGAUGAUCAAUGAAUGUAGUGUCAGUGGUCUCGAACGUUAUCAAGUGGUGAAAUUAUCCGCAACAAAGAGCAGAAUGAACUCAUUAUGUGCGAGCCCGAUGGUCAAGAAGAGACUCCAUAUCAAUAUGUACUUGAGUCACCUUUAUCUGAGAUGCAAAGAGAAGCUGGAACGCUGGAGCAGUCAGUGCUUUUACUGGUCAAUGGCUGGGCGAGUAGAUCUUUGCUGGUGUAGUUCGAACAAUUGUAUCAAUUAA